UCGGAGUCAGCUGUGCAAGACGACGCUGACGAAGGCACCAACGAUGUAUUGAGGCCAGCAAUUCGAGACCAAAAUCACCGUACCGACUGGCAGUGGGCUAGCGCCGUCAGAGCCUUCGCAGAGGGAGGGGCAGUACGGAAACGCUGGCGUGAUGAGCGGCAACGGAGCCAGCUGCCAAGAAGUCACGCCGAGAUGCGCCAACGAGCCAGCUGUGGUAGACGACGACGACGACGAACGCGCGAGCAAUAAACAGCUGGGCGUCCUUAGUCGCUGCUGCGGCGCGGCAAGAGCAGCCUGUCUCGGGUCACACGGCGAGCUUGAACAUGGCGCUGCUCGUGAUCCAGGGCACAUGCCUCACGCUCACCGCCGCUGCUCUGCUGCUGCUACUGCUGCCUGUCCGUGGUGAUGGCUGCCACGUCCGGGGUUUCGAAGGUGCCGCUCCAGUCGACCCAGAUGCAUGCAGGAAUGUUACGGAAAUUAUCAGAAACAAGGGCUACCCCGUGGAAGAGCACAGGGUGACGACCAGCGACGGCUUCGUCCUCAACAUCCAGCGCAUGCCGGACGGUCACAAGCAGCGGCCCGCCAAAGAGCCGAAGCCGGUAGUCUUCCUCCAGCAUGGCCUGCUCAGCUCUUCGGUUGAUUGGGCCAUCAACUAUCCCCCAGAGAGCCUCGCAUACAUCUUGGCAGACGCCGGUUACGACGUCUGGUUGGGAAAUGUUCGCGGCAACACAUACACCAGCCACGUCAAGUACACGCGGAAGGAUAAGGAAUUCUGGGACUUUAGUUUCGACCAGAUGAUCGCGUACGACCUGCCAGCGAUGCUCGACUAUGUCCUGAACACAACGCAGCGGACCAAGCUUUUCUACGUGGGACACUCGCAGGGGACGCUGAUACUUUUCGCACUGCUCUCGGAGAGGCCGGAGUACAACGAAAAGAUCCAGCUAUUCUCUGCGCUAGGGCCAGUGGCGAAUGUGACGCACAUGACGUCACCGGUGCGACUGUUGGCACCGUUCGCGAAAGACGCCGAGAUGCUUUUCCGGUUGCUCGGCGAGUACGACUUCUUGCCGAACAACUGGUUCAUGAAGUUCCUGGCGAAAACCAUGUGCAAGUACCACGUGCUCCGGGAGGUCUGCGAGGACGCCAUCUUCCUGAUCACCGGCACUGACAUGCACGAGUUCAAUGUGAGUCGCCUACCUGUAAUCAUCAGCCACACGCCAGCGGGGACAUCAGUCAAGAACAUGGUUCACUUCGCUCAGCUCGUUCGAGAGAAACGGCUCCAGAAAUACGACUACGGUAGCUCCAAGAACUUGGCCGUCUAUGGACAGGAAAUCCCUCCGGCGUACAACGUGUCGGGCGUGAAGGUCCCCGUGGGCCUCUUCUGGAGCCUGAACGACUGGUUCGCCGACCCCACGGACGUCAACCACCUCAGCAAACAACUGCCGAAUCUCAUAUUAAACUACCAGGUGCCGGAUCCGCUGUUCACGCACGUCGAUUUCACCUUCGGAGUGCACGCCAAGGACAUUGUCUACAACGCCAUGAUGAAGCUUAUGGACCGUCACAAAGACAAAGCCGGGUGGCUCUAGUUUCCAUGCAGUGAUAGCGAUCAAAUGCUCUUUGUGUCUUGAUUUCGUGUAAAAUAAUAUCGCAUCAUUUUUCUUACCCCCUCGAAGAAACGCACCCCUGCUCAAAGUGACGCAGCACAGAAGCGGCCGAGGCGGCACAUUUACUUUGGAAGGGCAUUGCCCCAGAAGACAUGCGAAGAAGGCACCUCCCUCGAGAACUGAUGUACCCUACUUACCCGGAUGUACUCCGGGCGUGGGUUCGCAGUCGCCAUUUUAAUUUACUCCUCUCCUACAUGUGGACUCGGAGCUGCAUAUUCCCUGGUGUAGAAGAUGCAAGGCCAACAUGAGUCUAGAAAGGAGUACAUGAAUUUUAAAUAAAGGCGUUUAUACCCCUA